AUGUUUGUGCUCUUUUUAUCGGAGAAGCCAGUAAUCAACAGGUGUUAUGAAACGGUAAAGGAGGAGUCCGAGUUUUGGAUAGCAAGAAUAUGCGCGUUUGGAAACAGGACUCGAAGAGUGAUCACGAAAUGCGAUUUUUCGUACUUUUGCUCAAUCGUAGUACCAGAUGCUUCUCCUUUAGAGCUUCGGACAGUAUGUGAUUGGGGCAACUGGGUCUUUCCGUUCGAUGACAUGUUCGACAAUGGAGGUCUAAAGAAUGACCCCAUACAAGCUCAACAAUUGGUCGACAGUCUCCUAAAUGGUAUGCAAGAUAUUGGGACUGUGUCAGAUGAUAGCGAAGAGCACCCUCUGGUUCAAGUCCAUAAUUCCGUAUGGCAUCGCCUUACCAAGACUUCUCCAGUUGGUGUCCGUCGCAGGUUUGCAAAGGCUAUGAGAGAUUACUGCAAUGGAGCCAUCGAACAAGUCCACAGUUGUUCUAGGGGUGAGUACCCGACACUAGACGAGAUGCUCGCAUUACGUAGACAGUCUGCCGGAGUUUCACCUCUCUUUGCCCUAGUUGAGUAUGGCCACAAGCUCCAUAUCCCAGACUCAGUCUUCGAGACUAGAAGCAUCAAAGAGAUAGAAAGAAUCGGAAUUGACCUCGUUCUAUUGCAAAACGAUAUUCUCUCGUAUUGCAAAGAAGAGAAAGAAGGUGUAGCUCACAACAUGGUUGCCGUUUGUCGACGUGCGGGAAUGCCUGCACAGAUGGCCUUUGACCACAUCGGUGGUAUGCUCCUUUCCCGUUAUCACGACUGGUACCUUGCGCUAGCAGACCUACCCAGUUGGGGCGAGAGUGUCGAUUCGGAAGUUCAACAGUACAUUCGUGGAGUACAGAAUGUUGUCAAAGCUAAUCUUCACUGGAGCUUUCGCUCCGGACGAUACUUUGGAGAGGUGAAUGAAGAGGUCCGAAAGACUGGCAUCGUAAACGUGCAGCCACAACUUGUCGAUGAGCUGUCAGUUCUCUAA